AUGGGCAUUUCACAUUGUCUCAGUCAUUUACUCUGGUCUAUCUUUACACAAGCAACGGGAUGUCGAAUAUUUACCAAUGGUGCUGAUCUUGUUCAAACGUUUGAGUUAUAUUCAAGAAAUAAUGCUCUUCAAUCGACAACGCUAUUUGUUACAUUUAAUAUCCAUGAACUGUGUACCAAAUUUUCACAUGACAUUAUGUUCAAAGCUCUCGAACAUCUUCUUCUGACGUAUGGUACAGAAGAGACUAUGGAUGGUUUGACUAUUGAAACAAUUCUUCAAUUGGUACGUCUGGUACUAGGAAAUCAAUUUUUCGUUUAUCAAAAUCGACUCUAUCAACAAACGAUUGGAAAUGGUUCGGGUUGUCCAUUGACUAUUCCAUUGACUUACAUUUAUCUGUGUUAUUGUCAACCAGCAUGGAUGUCUGUUCUGAUGGCUCAGAAGCAGCAAAAUGAACUAUUUGGCAGAUUUCAGUACGAUGUAUUUCUAACAUGGAAUAGAUCUGAAGAUCAACUUCAAUUUUUAUUUGAAAAACCAAUUACCUUAGAGAAACAUCAUCGAGCUAUUCACAUCGAGCCCUCUAUUGGAACAAUGUUUCAUUUUCUCGAUGUAGUAUUAGGUCAUCACCAUGGUCAUCUUCAUACUCGAAUUUAUCAUGAUCCAGUGAUGGAUCAAUAUGAAUUACCAAAUAAAUUUGAAGAUGAAACAUGUCUAUCAUCAAGAUUAUUACAAAUGAUAUUAAUGUAUGCUGUGCGAUGUUGUUCGAAUGAAGAAAGUUUUCAUUUUGAACGACGUUAUAUCAAACUUGUCUAUCUUCUGUAUGACUUUUCCGUACAUUUUAUUGAUGAUUCUAUUCAACAAUUUUACAAACAAUUUCAUGCCUCUGAAGUCCAUUAUCUUAUUGAUAGAAUUCCAUAUGAAACUUUACGAAAACGAGUGAUACAACGUUAUGAACAAUUAAUUAAUCGUAUACCUCGACAUAUAAUGGUUGAGCAAAUUCAUCAUCAAGCCAUUGAUGUUGUUCUACCAUGGAUGGAUAACAUGUAUGAAAACGAAGAUGACAAUGACAACAAUGAGAAAAUCAUCAAUCUAUCGGAAUAUACUAUGAAUGAACGUCCUCUGUAUCGAGUUACACGAAAAGACUACCUCAACAUCAUUCGACAACAAUUACAAGCCAACGAAUGUAUUCUAUUAACUGCUUACAAUACCUACGCUUAUUAUGCAUGUGCAUUGACUGAAAUGAAACUGAAAAUACAUGAACACAUGACACGUACAGGUGCUUAUCAUUUAAUGAUGGAAUUUCAUUCGACGCAUUCAUAUGUGAUGGAAGAAGUUGUGAAGAAAAUGGAUUAUCGAAUAAUGAAAAAAUUGGAUUCUUUUUUACAUAAUAAAUUAAUUUCCUAUUGGCAAUGGCUACAGAUGAGCAUCAAUCAAUUAAAUAGUCGACUUAAUUUUCUCUAUUAUUUACCUGAUACACGUCGAGUCAAUGUUCCUUUUCAUCCAAUGUUCUAUUGUCGUCAUCGUUUAACCAUGAAUAUGUCUCAUUUUCUUAGUCGUCUUCUUCAACCUAUUCACAAUCUAGUGACUUUUUCGACUACAUACCAUAGAGCUACUGAUGUUAUUGAUACUCUAGAAGAGUAUGCUAGGAAAGGUCAUCUUCGAUCAAAUACAGUAUUUGCUACUUUAUAUAUUCAUGAUCUAUCAACCAUCAUUCCACAUCAACAAAUAAUGGAUACAUUGAAAUGUUUUCUCUAUGAUUAUCUGCUUGAUCAACAAAUCGAAGGUAUCACAAUACCGACAAUCUUGGAUCUUGUUCGACUUUUUCUUGACAAUCAAUAUAUUCUCUAUGAAAACAAACUUUAUAGGCAAAUCCGAGGAAGUGGUUUUAACUCACCAUUGACGACGAUAUUAGCAAACAUCUGCCUAUAUUAUUGGCAGCAAGAUUUAGUUCAUCUUUUAAAUGAAAAACAGGAAAUCUUUGGCAGAUGCUUCGAUGAGAUAUUCUUCACAUGGAAUGAAUCUGAAGAUCGUCUUCGUGAUAUACUUCAUACAAUCCACCGACAACAACCAAAUAUUCAAAUCAGCCUUUCUAUCAGUCAAAAUAUCAAUUAUCUCGAUAUUAAUAUUAGUCAUGAUCAUAAUGGUGAUCUCAAAACACAAGUGAAUCAUAAUCGAAAUACUGAACCUUAUUCAUUACCUUAUGUAGUUGGUCAUCCACGAAAUAGCUAUCAUACAUUAUUUCGAGCAACUCUUCUACGUGCGACACGCUGUUAUGCACAGGUAUUUGAUUUCGUGAAUGAACUCCAAGAUAUUCAAUUGUCAUUUCAAUACAAUCGAUUUUCGAAUGAUUUUAUCAGUGAUCAAAUUCAAUUAUUUCUUGAAGAAUUUGGUGUACCUCAAAUGAAUGUUUAUUGUGGUGAGAUAUUCUCUAAUCAAUCUCUUUAUGAUCAUCUUCGUUAUAAUGUUUUCAAUUAUCACCAACGAAGAAAACAAUGGAAACUUAAACGUUAUCAACAAAUCUUUUAA